CUAUGCUAAGUCAUAUUUAAGAUGCUAACGUAGGGAAGGGCGAUCUUCCAAGGGAGUGUGAUCAAGUGUGUGUAGGAUGCCGCAGAUGCAACCCAUGUCUAGUUCACCUUGACCCUCUUAAACUUGUUUUUCCCUUGGCUCGGAGUCUGCACGCUACACUGAACUCAUGACAGCUCUGUAUCCCUCAAUUGUGAGGACUGGACCCUUCAAUUAAGGCACGAACAAACCCUGAGAGAAGCGUCAUUCACGACUCAUCAUCAGACCGAGAACAACUACACGAGAAGACAAUUCACUACCAUACUACCAUGGAUCGUUUAAGAGACUGGGUGUCAUGGAGUUCAGAGCGCCGAGGAAAAGCGCUCCCUGGUCCUUGGGGGUUACCGUUCGUAGGUAGCCUUCCGCAUAUCGCUAUGCACGCAAUGCCGCACCUUGUGCUAACAGACCUCGGGAAGACGUACGGAGACGUAUACGGUCUUAGCUUAGGUGCCUGGAAUACUGUCGUGCUCAACAGCCUCGGAGCAGCUCGGGAAGCGCUCGUACAAAAUGCCGAAAACUUUUCAAGCCGACCACCCAACUGGCAAACACUGCAGGCUCUCGGUACCCACAAGUAUUCCGUGGCGUUUGGAGACUACAACUCGGUCCAGACUCAACGAAAGAAAGCUCUGCUUCGGAUGUUCCACCAAGCCCUGAUCUCACGAGCGGACAUCCUCAAUGAUGUGGUCACCAGCGAGGUGGAUUUGCUCAACAGCAAACUCGCAGCAAGCGGGCCAGACCCGCAAGACCCUCGGGAUCUCAUCAUUCGUGCCUCGUUUCGCACGCAGUUUCGACUGUCUUUCGGAGAGCACGUGACCGAUGAGGUGGAGAGAGAGUUGAUGGAGAUCUCAAAAGCCGGCAGAAAGUUCCAGGAGUCCUCGAAUCUGGCUUUUCUGACGGAUUUCUUGCCAUGGACGAGGCUUGCUUUGAAGAAACCGUUGGAUAAGUUUGAAGAAAACAUCCGGGCCUUGAUGGACUUCGUGCGUAAGAUCUACCUCGAGCGCCGUCAGACGUACGAGAACGAGGAGCAAGAGUCCUGCCACGCAAGCGCAAUAACAAAGCACUUAUCGUCCUUCAUGACAACGUCCCACAUGGAAGAGGGGCAGAAACAAGUAGAGAAAAAAGAGAUCGAAAAUCAAGUUGUGGCCACGCUGGCGGCAGACACGUUUGGCGCGGGUCUCGAAAAUGUCUCGUCCUCACUGCUCUGGGCGGUGGCAUACAUAGCGAGUCAUGACGAGUUACAAGACGAGUUGCGGGAUGAGAUCAUGCGAGUGGUGGGCAAUGAUCGAGUACCGAUUCUACAGGAUAAAGGCAACAUGCCACUUUUGCAAGCCACGAUACUCGAGACUUUUCGCCUCGGUUCAGCUCUACCGCUGACCAUACCACACUAUUGCAACAAGAGCUGCACUGUCAAGGGGUUCGAGGUUAGGGAGGGGUCCCUCGUGCUUGUCAACCUCUGGGGGAUUAACCACGACCCUCGCUACUUCUGUGACCCUUACGUGUUUGAGCCGCACCGUUUCCUGGAUCUUGCCGGAGAGCUGAGAGGCGACCGCUGUAGCUCCGCCAUACCUUUCGGCAUAGGGCAUCGCGCAUGUGCAGGUAACACCAUGUCAAAGUCACUACUCUUCGUGCUGCUAGCGGGAAUCUUACAGAAGUUCAAGCUACAAGCGGUGCAGAGCGGCGAGACAGUAACCCCCCUGAAAGGCUCGACGCUAUUCCCGGAUUCGUACAAGGUCGCAUUCAUUCCCUGGGGGGAGGUGGACGCAUGAAGCACGACCGGGGGAGGGGAGAAGUCUAUAGACCCAGACACAUACUAGUGUCACAGGGAGUGAUGGGAUAAUUAUAGACCCCGAAGAGCUGUUGGUAUAUUUACUAUUAACGCCGGGAUACCUUUGUCCAAAGGUAGCCCAAGAGACAAGGUCUUCCAUAGUUCAGUGACAGGUGUUGUAACAGCAGACACAAACACACCAAAAAUUUUAAUUUUAUAAAAUAAAGAUUCGUUAUAAUGAAAUAUAAUGAUUAUGUGAGCUAGGAUUGACGAUAGUUUUAACAGCUAUAAUGCAGUGUUAUAAGUAUUUUUGACAACAACCAUCAUUUUUUAUCCUUAAAUAGAUUUGAAUUUAUUUUUCUAACCAGUGAGAAAUAAUCCCUCGAUGUCUUUUUACAAACAUCUUCUUUUAAAGUGAUAUAAUAAACAACAAGCAGGGCUUCGUACUAGUAGCACUGUACAAGAGAAAAAGAACGAUAAAACGUGUUGUUUUAUAUACCAAGCCAAUAAAAAUGAUCUAAUUAUC